GUUAUUAUUCCAGUUGUUCAUUACAUUACUUGAAUAUCAACAGUUUUGUUAAAAAUGAAGUCAACUUUAUUUGUCGUUUUAAUUGCUCUUGCAAUCGCAGGCUCAUUCGCAGUUAAAAUCAAAGGUUCAUGUCCGAACCCAGAAAAACCCAAAGUUGAUUAUUGGGAUUUUUCAAAUUUCCUAGGAGGAUGGUUUGUUUUAGGUCGAAGUGAAGAUACUGUCCCAAGAACUGUGUACAAUACCCUUCAGAUUAAUCACUUAUAUCCAGGAAAAGUUGCCGUUAUUGAAGAUGGUGAUACUCGAGGCGUUCUAGUGGAAAUUGGAGAUGAGUAUAUCGAGAUGACUGUUGGUGAUUUUGAUGGGAAAUCUUAUUAUGAUGUUAUUACGGAUGUAUAUGAUCCAUAUUCAUUCAACAUCACAACCUCAGAUGGUCACCGAGGUCAGUUUUGGAUGCCUUAUUAUGCCAAUCCUAAAUAUGCUCAAGCCCUCUUAGCAAGUUGUGUUAAAAUUGACGAUUCAACUGUUGAUAUUAAAACAUGGCUCGUUUCAAAGGAUAAAAAAGCUUCAGUUCCACUAAAAAUUUAUGAUUUGGCUAAAGCAUUGACUGGACAAGAUAUAAUUGAUAUCUGUCAAGGAGACUUUUGUUGAUCGAUUUGUGAUAUUGGGUUAUCAAUACAUGAUGAAAAUUACAAUUAAACUCUUGAUCUGUUUGGUUGUAACAUUUCUCAAAUAACAAUAUUAAAUAUUUUUCGCAAGCAAA